AUGAAACGUAAAAACUCCCGACUGGAUGAAGAAGAAACGAGGCUGUCGAAAUUGCUUUUCAACAAAACCAGAAAGUUUACUGAAAAUAUAUCAGAAGUCAAAAAAGACAUUGACAUAGACCGAAAACCCGCUUGGAUAGAUGACGAUGAUGAAAAAACUCCUAUUAAUAUUAUACCUCAAGUGAAAUCUGAAGGACUUUAUGUUCAAAAACUUAAACAAAAAUAUGAAACACUUAUCGGUACACCAAGUUGGGCUAAAGUCAAGGAGAAGAAUGAGGAUGACGAUAAAGAUGAUGAAGAUGACAAAUUACUGAGAACCGUUGGUCACUUACAGAAGACAAAAACAAAGAGUCUGAAGAAAGAUGUCUUAGAAAUAAAGAAGUUCCCAAAAAUUAAUUCCGAAACAAGUAACGAAGGGCCUUUCAUAUCAUCAGUAGAAUUUCAUCCUAAAAUGAGUGUAGUCCUUGUUGGGGGCAAAGCUGGUAUAGUGUCACUAUUUUCUAUCGGCGGAGAUGUUAAUAAUAAACUUCAUAGCUUCAAAUUAAAAAAAUUUAAUGUCACCACUUCACAAUUCUCUCCGGACGGUUCUGAAGCAUACAUUGCAUCCAAAUUAUGUCACAACUACUGUGUAUAUAAUCUAGCAAAAGCCGAGCCCAUAUUGGUCCAGUUGCCAAGGAUAGUAAAAGCGGCAAAAAUAUUCAAACUAUCACCUGAUGGGAAAUUCAUAGCGACGAGUGACGGUUUUGAUGAAAUCUACAUCAUAUGUGCCAAUUCAAAAGAAUUAUUAAGAGCUUUAAAGCAUAAUACAAAUGUAGAAUCAGUAGUAUUCAGUAAUAACUCAGAAAAUUUGUAUUGUUAUGGCAUACAAGGGGAAAUUACCGUGUGGGAUCUCUCUAUGUUCAGAUCAAUAAAGAAAUUCACCGACAAUGGCUGUAUCAACGCUUCUAAAAUAGCUAUGAGUCAUUGCGGUCAAUUAUUAGCAACUGGCAGCGGGGAAGGUAUAGUUAAUAUUUACGACACAAAAAAUCUGACAACACAAAAUCCAUUACCUCUUAAAACUAUUAUGAAUUUGACAACAAAAAUAACCAAUCUGAAGUUUAAUUCUACAACAGAGAUAUUAUCGAUAACAUCCAGUUAUUUCCCUAAUGCUCUCAAAUUAAUACAUAUACCAUCUUAUCAUGUAUUCUGUAAUUUCCCCAAACAAAACUUGUACCAAGUCGAAACUGUCAGCUUUUCACCCAACAGUGGAUAUAUGGGCAUUGGUAAUAACAAAGGCUGCGCUUAUUUGUAUAGGCUUAAACAUUUUAAAAACUAUUAG